AUGUCGUCUUCAUCCCAGCCAGAUCUCUCUCCCGACCCUCCAAUCCACUCCUCCUCGAGAUCAAGGUCUCGCACUCCCACGCAAAAAACACCCGCCUACCAAUCCGCCGCCUCCUACUUCUCCUACCCAGUCAGCCACGUUGUUUCAGGCCUCUACCGUCGCAUAACUGAACCAGACUUAGCCAAAGACAUGCCAUCCGCACUCCCAUGGUCGAGGUCGUCCUCCUCAUCAGAGGUCUACACGCCGCGCCGAACAGCCUCGCCCUUUCAGCCUCCGCCACUCACACCUCUCACCCUCAAGAUCCCAAAAGGCAUCGACCUGCUCCAGCAACAGCUCCUAACACGUGCCCUCGCCGAAGAAAUCCGGCUCCUCGUCCCCCCACGCCUCCAACUAGCCGAGACCUGGCAUCUCGCCUACAGCCUCGACCGCGACGGCGCGUCCCUCUCCACCCUCUACGAGAACUGCGCUGAGUUCUCACACCGCAGCCCGCGGGCGGGCUACGUCCUCGUAAUUCGCGACUCCUCACCCUCAAGCUCCGUCUUCGGCGCCUAUAUGACCGACCAUCCACAUCCAGACUCACAAUUCUUCGGCACGGGAGAGUGCUUCCUCUGGCGCUCUAGUGUACUCCCACCUCCAGCGAGCUUCCCUCUCGCGCUACCGGGAGAAGGUCCUCAAUCGGAGGAAGCGCUUGAGCGCGCUGGCCUCCCGCCUCCGCCUUCUGCGGAUACCACUAAUGCUGCCCGCUGGAGUACGCUGCGCAAUGAUCCCCAGGCGAAAUUGAAAACUCCUCGAUCGGAGUCGCCCUCUCACAGUCUUAAUGUCAAUAUUAAAACCAAUCUGGCUGCUGCUAGUGGUGGUGUCCUUGCGCCUCCUUCGCCUUCUUCUAUUCCUUCGCGCAGUGGUGCUAGCACCCCUGAGCGCAUUCGCUUCAAGGCUUUCCCGUACAGUGGCGUUAAUGACUAUAUGAUGUUCUGUGAAACUGGAUUUCUCAGUCUGGGAGGCGGUGAUGGUCACUACGGAUUGUGGGUUGACCAAAGCCUUGAAAAGGGUGUUAGCGCUUCCUGCCAAACUUUCGGUAAUGAACCUCUCUCUGACGAGGGUGUCAAGUUUGAUAUUCUUGGAGUCGAGGUGUGGUAUGUCGGCUCGUAA